AUGUCUUUAAAUGCAACAAAAGAAAUCCGAGUAAUACAUAUGUAGAAUGUGCAGUAUGAGCUUGCACCCAAAUAAAGAUUUCUUUACAUUCAAAAGCGCCCUCAUGAAAAAACCAGGAAGCGAUUUAACAUUCAACCUUCUUCAAAAGCCAUGGAACUACAAGCACAAUUUUGUCUUUUUGGAUUGGCAUUCUUUUUGUUUUACUGUUCACCUUGCAAGCCUAGAAAGCUUGAGGGUUAUGAAUUCCCGGUAUUUUCAACUGAAAGGUGUCCCCAGAAUCAUGCCGAGUGGAACGAGAGAUCUUCUAUCAUCAACUGUACCCAGAGUAAUGGAUACACAUGUUUACCUAACGAAAACUUCACAGAGCUGUUAGAGUUUUGUUACGUGUAUCCUCGGAUAUUUAUUACAAAAGGCAUAUGCCUUUACCUUUACAAACGAUAUUCGAGAGUGAAUUCAUACAACUGCAGUCACUUUAGAUAUGGAUGUCCUGAUUCCAAUUACUUUACAUCUGAAGUAUAUAAUUAUCCAACUUGUAUAUCUAUUAAAGAUGGAUGUUUCCUUGCUGAGCCAUCUUGUGAGAGCACAACAAUAUCUUAUCCAGAGGAAACUUACCGGGAAUGGAGAAACAAUUCUACUAUAGUAUACCUUGAAGAAACUACAAAUCAUAUACAUAUACAGAAUGAUCAUUCAAACGACAUAUUCAUCGAGAUUAGUUUAGGAGCAGUUAUCAGUAUUUUGGUUGUGCCAUUCUCCAUCAUUUUGUAUAUCCGCCGUAGAAGAAGAAAUUUCUCAAAGGGGAAAAAUGAGACUGAUAUAGAGAAUAAUAACGACGAACUGAAUUCAUUGAGAGAAAACCCAAAGCUAUAUAAAGUGGAUACAACCAAGGAAGCGGUUCCAUUGUUGGACAAUUCGUAUAUUCGACAAAAUACAGUGGCUGAAGAAGGAAUGGCGGUUCCAUUGUUGGAAAACUUGUAUAAUCAACAUAAUACAGUGACUGAAGAAGACAUGGUAUUACGCUUUGAAAUUGCAGUUCUUGAUCAAUGGAGAGAGGACGACACCUUCUUCUUUUCAACCAGAGCAUCUAAAGAAGUCGAGAGCAAAAUAGAAAACCAAAACCUAGUGAUUGUGACGGGACACUCCGGAUCCGGAAAAUCGGCUAUUAUUCAACAUAUUGCACUCAAGUACAAGUAUCAGGGCUGGAUUGUGAAAUCAUGGAAAGGUGUAAAGGAAAUGAAAAAAUACAUCUUAGAAGAAGAAUGUGAUUUAAACUCUACAAUAUUAGUACUUAACGAUCCUAUUGGAAAAGAUUCAUUCGAUAAAGCAUCAUAUCUUUCUUGGAAAGAAUCUGAACUAGCAAUAUUUACCUUUUUGAAAAAGGGAAAACUUCUUAUUUCUUGUAGAAAUUAUAUUCUUUUUGAUAAUAAAGUAAAAGGAGUUUUACAGGAAAUAACAAAUAUCGUAAACAUCGAAGAUGUCAAGUAUAAAUUAACUUAUGAAGAAAAACGAAGCAUUUGGAACAAAUAUAUGUCAAAUGACAAAAUAUCUGAGGAGGAUUUUACUGAAAUUCUAAAUACUGAAGCGUAUUUUCCGUUAUUGUGUAAACUUUUUUCUUCUGACAUGAAAUAUCAAAGUGACGGAUAUAGAUUUUUUAAAGAGCCCGUAAAGGUCGUUGAAGAGCAAAUAAGAUGUUUUAGAAAGGAGGACAGAGGAAAAUACUGCGCCCUUGUUCUUCUUGUUCUUUUUAAUAAUGAAUUUUGCUCUUAUGAUGUAGUGAGGAAUGAGCUUUUAAGUUACAAAUUCAAACGUGCAUUGACCAUGUGUGGAUUGCCGCAGGAUACCCCACCUUAUGAUAUUGGUGACAAUCUUGACCUUCUAAAGGGAUUUUUUGUCAAAAAAAUUGGCGGCGCUUAUGAGUUUUAUCACGAUUUCGUUAUGGAGGUGACAAGUUUUAUUCUUGGAAAGGAUUAUCCAGCAGAAUUAACACAAUAUGCCGAUAUUAGGUUCCUUCUUAGACGAGUAACCUUAGACAAUGGGAGUGAACAGAAUCGGCCGUUUACCAUAUAUUUAAGUGAUAGGAAUAUAGACAUACUUGGAGAGAGAUUUUUUAAAGCCUUUUUCGAAGAAUGUUAUAUAGAAGUUAUACUUCAUCCUGCUUUAAGGGAUAAAAGAUUAAUGAAAGUACUACAAAAAAUAUUCGAAAGACACCCAAAGAAGCUACAAGAGUUACUUCAAACCACAAAGAGUAUGUAUGACGAUCAUAAACAGUAUUGGCCGAUUACAGAUGACACAAUGUUGAAACUUGCCUUCGUGGCUUUGGAAAAUGAAUUUUCGCCUCUCUGUGCACUGGUGGCAUUUUGUCAUUCUGAAUUGUCAGUCUAUUGUUUUAAAACCUUAUACCAAUCAAAAACUGAUUCGAUCGGACAAUAUUUGAUAUCUGCAGUUUGUUGUAAUGGCUCGAAAGGUUUCUUAGAAAUGUUUUCGGAUGAAUCCAUCAAAGAUUCGUUGACAGAAACGUUUGGGGGUCUAUUCCCCAUUCACAUUACGGCCUUAUUUUAUAAUUUUGAUAUUCUGCAAGAGUUGAUUCAUUUUGGUGCUGGUGUGAAUAUGAAAACGAAAAAUGAAAAAAGCUGGACUCCCUUAAUGCUUGCUGCAAGUCGAUACGAUACCGAUCCUCAAAACAAUAAAUAUAAUAUGGACACUUCAAAACGACGAGAUCAAACUGUUCAAAUGUUGAUAGAUUACGCAGCAGACGUCAACUUAUGUGCGGGAGACGGUGUUAGUUCUCUCUUUUUAGCUUGUCAAAACGGUCAUACCAGUAUGGUGAAAAUUUUACUUAGCAAUGGAGCAUACAUAAACCAGUGUACCAGGAAUGGGGAAAGUCCCCUUUUUGUAGCAUGUCAAGAAAGACACAACGACAUUGUGCAACUUUUACUAGAAAAGGGAGCUGAUAUUAAUUCAAGGACCGCCGAUUACGAAGUUAGUCCUCUUUACGUUGCUUGCAAAAACGGACAUGACAGCACUGUACAAACUUUAAUUGACCACGGUGCUGACCUUAAUUUACGUACCAGUUCUGGAGCUAGCCCAUUAUCCAUAGCAUGUCAAAAAGGAUAUAACAAUGUUGUACAAAUUUUGAUAAGCAAAGGUGCAGCCGUUAGCAUGUGCAAGUAUAAUGGCGCUAGUCCCCUCUACAUAGCUUGCCAAAAUGACAAUAUUAGCACGGUUAAACUUUUACUGAGUAAUGGAGCAAAUGUUAAUUUGUGUAAAAGAGACAAAACAAGUCCACUCUUUAAAGCAUGCCAAAAUGGAAACGAAAGCUUGGUACAACUGUUGCUUGAUAACAAGGCAGAUAUUAAUUUCUGUGAUGAAGACGGAACAAGUCCAUUCUUUAUAGCAUGCCAGAAAGGAAACCAUGAGAUUAUUCAAAUUUUACUAAAAAGAGGUGCAGAAAUAAAUGCAUGUACGUUAGAUGGUUUAAGCCCUCUCGUUGUAGCUUGUCAGAACGGACAUGAGGAAACUGUACGAACUUUGCUAAAACACGGUGCUGAAGUUAAUUUAUGUACCAGUUCUGGAGCCAGUCCUCUAUUUAUAGCAUGUCAAAAAGGGUAUAACAUUUCUGUACAACUUUUAAUAGACAAAGGAGCAGUCGUUAACAUGUGCAUGUAUAACGAUGCUAGUCCCCUCUACGUAGCUUGCGAAAAUGACCAUAUUAGCACGGUUAAACUUUUGUUGAGUAAUAAAGCAGAUGCGAAUUUAGGUAGAAAAGACAAAACCAGUCCUCUCUUUAUAGCAUGCCAAAAUGGAAAUGAAAACUUGGUACAACUUUUACUUGAUAACGGAGCAGACAUUAAUAUAUGUGACGAAGGUGGAACCAGUUCUCUUUUCAUAGCUUGCCAGAAAGGAUAUAAUAAAAUUGUACAGCUUCUACUGACCAACGGCGCAAAUAUCAAUUUAUGCACACUUGAGGGUUUUAGCCCUCUCUUUGUAGCUUGUCAGAACGGACAUGAGGAAACUGUACGAACUUUGCUCGAAAACGGAGCCAAUAUCAAUAUACGUACAAUAAAAGGAACUGCUGAAGAUAUUGCACUUCAAUAUGGACAUGAAAUCAUUGUUCAAAUGUUAAAAGGAACAAUAUUGCAAAAAAAAAUAAUUCAUUGCAAGGAAAACGGAGACCAUCUGAAUCCCAGAGUAUGCUAAAAUCGAUGAAACAACAUUCAUAACUUCAAAUUUAACCUAUGUUUGAUUGGAUAUAUGUUCACGAAAAACUUUAUUCAAACAGUGGGAAAAAUCAAAUGAAAUCUGUUAAGCAUUGCUUUCUUCCUCAAAAUGUGAAGAACGAGAAAUUAUUUUUUUUAUUUGAAGCAGCGUUCAUGUACAGCACCGGUAUUAAGAUUUUUUACAAAUGAAAUAUGAUGCUUAGGCUGAUAAAAAUACUUUUUUAUGUUCAUAAAUGCAGAUUUAAAACGGAUUGGCAGGGAUCUAUACCACAUGACAAAAAAACGUAUUCAUAUAGAAAGGUUAAUUUUGGUGGGGUGUUAAAUACUAUAUACGAUGGUUGUCUAAUAAAGAUCCUGGACAAUCGCAGUUUUUUGUUUCAAUUUAAAUAUGUUCAUAUAUUUACAUAUUUCAUACCUAAAUGCUUGUCAUAAACUUCUGAAUUAAACUGUAUUAAU